AUGGGAGAUACGAAGCGACUUGUUGUUACAGUAUGCACGUUGGCUUUGUUCCAAGUCGCAGUAGCCAAGCUCGGCGAUAAAAUCUUGUCUCCGACCGAUGUGUGGAUCACUGGCAGAACACCAGGUAGGCUUUUGGCUUAUUAGUGGUGGGCGAGGUAGAAGUUCGUCAGGGUUGAGGUUGGCUUAGUUAAAGUUUAGGCGGAGUAGAGGUAAGGGUGAGAAACGAGCCGUGUAUCCCGGCCCAGCUAGGCCCUACAAGAUGAAAAUGUAAUCUUUUAUGAAAUGGCAGACAUCUUUAUCACUAGAUACUUUUAAAAGAUACAGUAUGACUUGUUUUCAGAGUACGAGUGUCUGUUUCCUUACUUCAACUCUUCAGAAAUGUAAGUUUUUUGAAGAAGCUGCUACUGAUUCAUCAUGAUCUUUGAAUUCACUUGAAAUCUGUUAUCAAUUAAUUUUUUCAGGAAUUUUAACAGUAGUACCUGCCCUGGCAUGAACCACUACGGUGUCGAGUUUCCCACCUUCUACCAGCUUGGACCUUUGGACUUUAAAUUUUAUAUUGAAGGUGCUAAAGCAAAUUGUACAAUAAAGUAAGGUGUUGGCUGUGAAAGUAUUAUAUACACCUUGUAUAUGAUAAAGUACAGUAUAACUAUUAAAGACUAUACUUAUUGUAUGUUAUUAAACUUACUAAAGUCUAUACCUAUUGUAUAAAUCUAUGCCUACUAUACUAUUUACUUUUUUUACUUUUACUUUGUAGUAAGUUCUUUGAUAUGGUUAGUUUAAACUUUAAAAUUAUGUUAAAAUGAGUGUUAUGGCUAAAACAACCUUUUCAGCAUAACAUUAGAGGUAAACACGUGUGAGUUAUCUCUGCAUCUGAACGAUACUCGUCGUGAUCGUACUAAUUUUGAGGUGCAUAUGAAUCAUACGAACAUUGUGAUGUCUGUAGUUGAGUCAUUUCCUCUGAUAUUCGUUGAAAAGGAAUGCGAAUUCGACUUUGAAAGUGGAGAGACGUUGAAUGUUACAGUAUAUGCUAACAAUGACGACAAGGGGGACUGUCGAGUCGGCUUGGUAAGGUUAUUUGUUAUUUGAGUUGCUGUGAUUACCUUGUUAAACACAAUAAAAUAUUUUUUUUUCUUUUACAGGAAGACAAGUACAGACUUCCAUUUUACAUUGAGUACCCAGAAACCGACUUUGACACGGAUCCAUAUUCAGAAGAAGAAGCGCUACUGAACAAGUACAAUGAAAAACACGACGACUCUCUCGAUGUUCUGUUCAGUCCUGCUUGUACGAACAAGUGUUUGUACGCUCUUAUCGCAAUGGCCAUCUUUAGGUAAGAUAUGUCGUCUUGAUUUCUCUUGAGUUAUCGAAUGUACUUACUUAUUUAUUUUCCAUAUUCACUCGUAAUCAAUACAAUCAAAAUAGUAUGAAACUGUAGUAGGAAGGAGAGUAGUGAUUGCAGUUACAGUGAUGAGCAUAACUUAAGAGUAGUUUUUGAUUAUUGAAAGUUCGGAUCGAUUUCACUAUAUUUGAAGUAUUUUAGCGUGUUGUUCUUCAUCUUAUGCUGCUCUGCAUUGUGCUGUGUCCGAAAGGUUAGAGUAAGUGUUUUAGGUAUCAUUUUUGGGGGUUUCAGGUAUUCUUAGGUAUUUUUUGUUGAUAUACUACUUUGCAAAGCCGUUUUGUAAAGAUAAAUUCUUGAAUUGUAUUUCUUACAUCUUGAUAGUGCUGAAACCUUUUUUAGAAUGACAUUAUUGGCAGUUCCAAAACUCAAAAAUCGAAGGAUUCCAAGGCCAGUAGCAAGAAGAGCAAGAAGAGCAGUAAGAAGAGUCAGAAGAGUAAGAAGAGCAAGAAGAGCAGCAAGAGCAAGAAGAGUAAGAAGAGCAAGAAGAGCGAGAAGAGUAAGAAGAGUCAGAAAAGUGGCAAAAGUAAGAAGAGUAAAAAGGACAGCCAGAAGAGUAACAAGAGUAAGAAAGACAGUCAGAAGAGCAGCAAGGAUGAGAAAAGUGGAUUCAAUACCGUCUCUGCGUAUAAUUAG